CUGGCGAUUGGGGGCCUUCACGGCUGGUUUCCGGUUCGGUGGGUAGGCGAUGACAGAACCGGGCGCCUCGCCAGAGGACCCUUGGGUCAAGGCAAGCCCCGAGGGCCCGCACGCCGAUGAGGGGAGGUCGGGUCGGGUUCGUGCACGUAGUGGGUCUGGAAGAAGAGGGGAUGCCUUGCAGUCCCCAGAGUACCCCCGACUCUCCGGGUUCGGGGGCUGCAGAGAAGACAGCUCUUACCCCGCCUGUGACAAGGUGGGCUACGACCAACCGAGACGUGUGCGCGCGAGUGUGGAGUAUGCUUUCAGCGACAACAGCCUGGACCCUGGGCUUUUUGUAGAAAGUAACCGCAAGGGGAGUGUAGUGUCCAGAGCUAAUAGCAUCGGUUCCACCAGUGCCUCUUCCGUCCCCAACACAGAUGACGAGGACAGUGAUUACCACCAAGAGUCCUACAAAGAAUCCUACAAGGACAGAAGGCGGCGAGCACACACUCAGGCCGAACAGAAGAGGAGAGAUGCCAUUAAGAGAGGCUAUGAUGACCUCCAGACCAUCGUCCCUACUUGCCAGCAACAGGACUUAUCCAUUGGCUCCCAGAAACUCAGCAAAGCCAUUGUCCUACAGAAGACCAUUGACUACAUCCAGUUUUUACACAAGGAGAAGAAGAAGCAGGAGGAGGAGGUGUCUACACUACGCAAGGAUGUCACAGCCCUAAAGAUCAUGAAAGUGAACUAUGAACAGAUUGUGAAGGCCCACCAGGACAACCCCCAUGAAGGUGAGGAUCAGGUCUCUGAUGAGCUCAAGUUCAACGUCUUUCAAGGCAUCAUGGACUCUCUGUUCCAGUCCUUCAAUGCCUCCAUCUCUGUGGCCAGCUUCCAGGAGCUUUCAGCCUGUGUCUUCAGCUGGAUUGAGGAGCAUUGUAAGCCUCAGACCCUGCGGGAGAUUGUGAUCGGUGUCCUACACCAGCUGAAGAACCAGCUGUACUGACAGCUCUUGGAAGCCGCUGAACAGCUGACAGAAGGCCCUUGAGUCUCCUGCUUGAUCACAGAGCCACUGGGCUUAAUGAGAUUGGACUGUGCUUACCACACACCAGUUAGCUGGUUUCUCUUUGGUGUUCGGUUUCCCAGCUUCCUCAUCCUUCAUGGGGCUGGGAUGUUUUUGUGAAAGCUUCUAAUUAAUUUAUUAUUGUUCAUAAAACCUGCACCUACCCAGAACUCUCCCCUUCCCAUACAAGUUCUUGGUCUAGGGGUCUCUCUGGGCACUCUAGAGAGCUCCUGCCUCUCUCCUUUUUCUAAACUUGAUGUUUCUACUCAUGUUCUACACAUAUUUAGGAGCUACUGUUUGCUUUUGUUUGGGCCUCAUGGGCAACAUUUAGCCCAAGUUGGAUCACUUUGGCAGUAGCUGGAUGAGAGCAAGAAGAAUGAUACAAUUCCGUAGCCUCAAAGGGUAAAUGGCCACAUUCGGGCUGGGCUGCCAGGCUCCUGCUCCCACCCCUUACCCCCCACACCCCCACCCCCGUUCUGGGCAGUAGAGAGAGGGACACAAGCUACCCUCAGGAAAUAGCGCCCAGAGUAAAGUCAGGUGUGACACAACAUUACAUAGUAGCACUUUUUAAUUUUUUGUAAACACCAACAGUGUAUUUGCUAACAUUACAAUUUUGGAAAAUUGGCUGGACCUCAAAACUAUGCACAGCCUUUCUGUUAAGUGUACCUUGGUUUCCACCGCAUUUGGUCUGCAUUCCUCCCAAGACUUUGGAGCAGAAUGAAGGAAUAGAAAACAUACUCUAAGGGUCUGGUGUAGAGAACCCACAGAGUGAGGCCUCAGGCUAUUUGAAUGUUGUAUACAGUUGCCUCUCUACCCUGUCCCUCAAGUUCCCUAUUUCCUCCCUCAGGUUUGGUAUUUGGGAGGUUUAAUUUUCUAGAGGAAAUUAAAUAUUUUUAUAUAAAAUUAUAAUAAAUUCUGCCAAAUGCUUUCCUUUA